UCAGUGGAUGCUGUAGACUUGCGUUGCUCUGUGCCCGCCAUCCCUCCGCAGCCAGGCAGACCGCAGAAACUGACAAGAGUAGCCGACUGACGGAGGGCUGAGCCAAGAUGGGACGAGACAUCUGGUACGACAGAGCCAGCUCAACAACAGGAAGUCUGGUGUAGAAGCUGAACCAGAAGAGAGCCCAGGCAGCAGUAGUAGCAGCGACAGCAGUGGUGGGGCGGUAGAUGCCCUCCCCUCAGCCCCAGGCCCAGUUCCUCCUCAGGCCCCUGUAGGAGAGAAGAGAGAGGACAGCUCCUGCUUUGACAGCUCUGUAGACUCCAGCGAGGAAGAGGAGGACAAAGAGGAGGACCCUGCCAUGUUCUCUAACUUUCUAAGUGGGGCCAACCCCCUCAGCUCUGUCUCCUCUGCUGUCAGAGGAGGUCUUUUUGGGGACAAUGGGGAGGUUGACAAACAGAAAGCAGGCCCUCAGCAUCCUGGGUCAGUUCCUGGCCCUGGGAAUGCCCCACAGCAGCAACAGGGAGGACCCCAGCUGCAGGGGAACGGUCAGGCUGGUCAACCAGCCAAAACUAGCGGGCAGAAAGCCCCCGCUAAGGGUGAACCACAACAGCAAGGACCUCCUAAGGGUGGUCCACAACAGCAAGGACCUCCUAAGGGUGGUCCACAACAGCAAGCCCCUCAACAGCAAGGACCUACAAAAGGUGGACCACAACAACAAGCCCCCCAACAGCAAACCGCUGCUAGGGGUGGACCACAACAGCAAGCACCUGAUAAAGGUGGACCGCAACAACAAGGGUCACCUAAGGUUGGCGCUCAGCCACAAGUGUCCCCUAAGGGUGGACCACAACAGCAAGGACCUGCUAAAGAUGGACCCCAACAGCAAGGGUCACCUAAAGUUGGAGUUCUGCCACAAAAUCCUAAGGGACCACAACAGCAAGGACCUGCUAAGGGUGGACCCCAACAGCAAGGGUCCCCUAAGGUUGGAGCUCAGCCACAAGGGUCACCUAAGGUUGGAGCUCAGCCACAAGGGUCCCCUAAGAUUGGCACUCAGCAGCAUGGUUCCCCUAGGACUACACCACAGCAGCAGGGUUCCCCUAGGACUACACCACAGCAGCAGGGUUCCCCUAGGACUACACCACAGCAGCAGGGUUCCCCUAGGACUACACCACAGCAGCAGGGUUCCCCUAGGACUACACCACAGCAGCAGGGUUCCCCUAGGACUACACCACAGCAGCAGGGUUCCCCUAGGACUACACCACAGCAGCAGGGUUCCCCUAGGACUACACCACAGCAGCAAGCCGCUGCUAAAGCCGGACCUAUGGCUGGAGCUAAACCCCUGUGCCCAGUGUGUAACACUACCGGACUCAACCUACACUCCAAGGAGCCACCCAACUAUAACACCUGCACACAGUGUAAGACUGUCGUCUGCAGCUUCUGUGGCUUCAGUCCUCCUGACUCUGGCGGUGAGGAGUGGCUGUGUCUGACCUGCCAGAUGCAAAGAGCACUCGGAGGCUCAGACCCACCUGGAACCCCAAAGAUGAAACCCCAGCCUUCACCCAACAAAGCCUCUAUAUCUCCUGCACCACAGAAGAAAGACACCUCUACACAAGGCUCCAUCCAGAAAAACCCUAUUACAUCAGCAACACAGCCACCCAAGGCAGAGACUGCUAAAGCAGCAGACCCUCAGACACCGGCUAGCCCAGUACCUGCCCAGAAUGCACCACAGGAGAACCGGAGAACAUCAGGGCCUCAGAAACCGCCAGAGCAGCCAGGCCAACCUGGGCAUAAGCAGAGUAAUGCCACCCCAUGCACACAGGAGGAGCCUGGGAAGCCUCAGCAAGAGCUUCCAAAGGAUCGAGCCUCUCCUGCCAACGUUGUGCCACAGCUACAGGCUCAGGCCCCCAAGCAAGAGUCAGGGGGCUUCUUUGGUUUUGGUGGUCCUAAGUCUCAGCCUGCUUCCUCAAAGGCUGAAGAUUCAGUGUCUGGUAAGAUGUUUGGCUUUGGCUCCUCCAUCUUCAGCUCUGCAUCCACUUUGAUCACCUCAGCUGUUCAGGAUGAGCCCCACACCACACCACCAGGUUCCCCGAAGGUGUCUGCAGCAGCCCAGGCUUCUCCCAAGAUGCCUCCUACAAAGGAGACCAAACCACCUGCUGCUCAGAAAGCAGAGGAGAAGAAAGCAGAGCAACCCCAACAGGCCAAGGUCCCCCCAUCAGUACAGGUCAACGUGGACAAACCCCCAUCAGAGCCUCCAAAGGGAACAGCAUCCUACCAACCAUCUCCCAAAGCAGGCCAGUCCAUCUGUCCACUCUGCAAGGUGGAACUCAACAUGGGCUCCAAGGACCCUCCCAACUACAACACCUGUACCGAAUGCAAGAACACUGUCUGCAACCUCUGUGGUUUCAACCCCAUGACAAAUGUUACUGAGGUGAAGGAGUGGCUGUGUCUGAACUGCCAGAUGAAGAGAAUGGAACCCACAGGACCUCCCAUGAUGAAACCCCAAGCUUCUCCAAACAAAGGUUCUGCACCUCAGAAGGCCACUGUCACACCCAUCGCAACCCAAAAGAAAGACAUUCCAACACCAGGCUCUCCCCAGAGAAAACCUUCUACAUCAGCAACAGAGCCACUCAAGGCAGAUGCUGCUAAAGCAGCAGACCUUCAGAAACCACCCAGCCCAGCACCUGUUCAGAAGGCACCACAGGAGAACCGGAGAACAUCAGGGCCUCAGAAACCACCAGAUCAGCCAGGGCAACCUGGGCAUGAGCGGAGCAAUGCCACCCUGUCACAGCAGGUGCCUGGGAAGCCUCAGCAAGAGCCUCCAAAAGGUGGGACAUCUCCUGCCAAAGCUGUGCCAACACUACAGGCCAAGCCCCCCAAGCAGGAGUCAGGGGGCUUCUUUGGUGGCUUUGGUGUUCCUAAAUCUCAGAUUUCCUCAAAGCCUGAAGAUUCAGUGUCUGGGAAGGUGUUUGGCUUUGGCUCCACCAUCUUCAGCUCUGCAUCCACUUUGAUCACCUCAGCUGUUCAGGAUGAGCCCCACACCACACCACCAGGUUCCCCGAAGGUGUCUGCAGCAGCCAAGGCCUCUCCCAAGAUGCUCCCUACAAAGGAGACCAAACCACCUGCUGCUCAGAAAGCAGAGGAGAAGAAAGCAGAGCAACCCCAGCAGGCCAAGGUCCCCCCAUCAGUACAGGUCAAAGUGGACAAACCCCCAUCAGAGCCUCCAAAGGGAACAGCAUCCUACCGCCCAUCUCACAAAGCAGGCCAGUCCACCUGUCCACUCUGCAAGGUGGAACUCAACAUGGGCUCCAGGGACCCUCCCAACUACAACACCUGUACCGAAUGCAAGAACACUGUCUGCAACCUCUGUGGAUUCAACCCCAUGCCAAAUGUUACUGAGGUGAAUGUGUGGCUGUGUCUGAACUGCCAGAUGCACAGAGCACUUGGAGGAAUGGAACCUCAAGGACCUACCAUGAUGAAACCCAAGCCUUCCCCCAACAAAGUCUCUGCUCCUGCUGCUCCUCAAACGAGAGACACACCAACAGCAUCUGGUCCCCAAAAAGUGGCCACUGCACCAGCCUCACCCAACAAGGAGUCAGUGACUCCAGCCUCUCAGCCUGUCCCCUCAAAACCUGAAGAGUCAGUGUCUGGGAAGAUGUUUGGCUUUGGUUCCUCCAUCUUCAGUUCUGCAUCCACUUUGAUCACCUCAGCUGUUCAGGAUGAGCUCCACACCACACCGCCAGCUUCCCUCAAGGUGUCUGCACCCUUUGCGCUUCAAAAGCAGGAGACUCCCACACCAACUGGUGCCCAAAAAGGUGCACCAACACCAGUGUCACCCAAAAAAGAGGCUCAAACACCAGCCAUAGCCCCAAAGAAAGACACCCCAAUGCCAGCCUCCCCCCAGAGAAAGCCAGACUCCCCCACAAUGACUGCAAAGCAGGACCAGAAACCUUCAAGUCCUUUAAAACCAGGAGACACAUCAGGGGCUAAGCAGGGGAGUGCUGCACAACCGCAGCAGCAGCCCCUACAGCAGAAGACUCCACAAGUCCAGCCUCAGCAGACCCCAGCAAGUGCACUGAAAGCAGAACCUGUGAAGCCUCAGCAACAGUCUCCUAAAGUUGGGACCUCUCCAGGACCGGCUCAGAAGACACCACAGGAAAACCGGAGAACAUCAGAAGUUCAGAAACCACCACAGCAGCCCAGCCCCGGGCGUAGGCAGAGUAUUGCCAUUCCGUCCACACAGCAACACCCCAAGCAGGAGUCAGGAGGCUUCUUUGGCUUUGGUGGUACCAAAUCUCAGUCUACCCCUUCAAGGCCUGAAGAUUCAGUGUCUGGGAAGAUGUUUGGCUUUGGCUCCUCCAUCUUCAGCUCUGCAUCCACUUUGAUCACCUCAGCUGUUCAGGAUGAGCCCCACACCACUCUGCCAGCUUCCCCCAUGGUGUCUGCACCGGCCUCUCCCAAGAUGGCCCCUGCAAAGGAGACCAAACCACCUGCUGUUCAGAAUGCAGAGGAGAAGAAAGCAGAGCAACCCCAACAGGCCAAGGUCCCCAUAUUAUUACAGGCCAACGUGGACAAACCCCCAUCAGAGCCUCCGAAGGGAGCAGCAUCUUCCCAACUAGCUCUCAAAGCAGGCCAGUCCACCUGUCCACUAUGUAAGAUGGAACUCAACAUGGGCUCCAAGGACCCUCCCAACUACAACACCUGUACUGAAUGCAAGAACACUGUCUGCAACCUCUGUGGAUUUAACCCCAUGCCAAGCGUUACUGAGAUGAAGGAGUGGCUGUGUCUGAACUGCCAGAUGCAGAGAGCUCUUGGAGGAAUUGAACCCCCAGAACCCCUCAUGAUGAAACUGUAUCCCAACAAAGUUUUUGCACCUCAAACAGUCACUGUCACACCUAUUGCAGCUCAAAAGGACAUUGCAACACCUGCUGCAUCUGUGAAGACAGACAGUCCAAUCCCAAGCUCCCCUCAAAGGAAACCAGUUCCCCCUGCAGCUGAUAUAUCAAAAGCUGAAGCUACUAAAGCAGCAGGCACUCAAAUGCCGGCAAGCCCAGCUCAGAUGGCAUCACAAGGGAACCGGAGAGCUUCAGAACCUCAGAAACCACCACAGCAGCCCAGCCAGCCUGGGCGUAGGCAGAGUAGUGCCAUCCCAGACACACAGCAACACCCCAAGCAGGAGUCAGGAGGCUUCUUUGGCUUUGGUGGUACCAAAUCUCAGUCUACCCCCUCAAAGGCUGAAGAGUCAGUGUCUGGUAAGAUGUUUGGCUUUGGCUCCUCCAUCUUCAGCUCUGCAUCCACUUUGAUCACCUCAGCUGUUCAGGAUGAGCCCCACACCACACCGCCAGGUUCCCCGAAGGUGUCUGCACUGGCCUCUCACAAGUUGCCCCCUGCAAAGGAGACCAAACCACCGGCUACCGAGAGAGCAGAGGAAUCAAAAGCAGAGCAACCCCAGCAGGCCAAGGUCCCCCCAUCAGUACAGGCUAAAGUUGACCAACCCUCAUCAGAGCCUCCAAAAGGAGUAGUAUCCUCCCAACCAGCUCUCAAAGCAGGCCAGUCCACCUGUCCACUCUGCAAGGUGGACCUCAACAUUGACUCCAAGGACCCUCCCAACUACAACACCUGUACCGAAUGCAAGAACACUGUCUGCAACCUCUGUGGAUUUAACCCAAUGCCACAUGUUACUGAGGUGAAGGAAUGGCUGUGUCUGAACUGCCAGAUGCAGAGAGCUCUUGGGGGAAUGGAACCCCCAGAACCCCUCAUGAUGAAACCCCAACCCUUACUCAACAAAGUUUCUACACCUGUUGCACCUCAAAAGGACCCUCCGGCAACUCAAAAGUUAAAGGAGACUGCCAUACCCGCUGUAGAUCAGAAGAAGGCCGCCUCCACACCACAAAAAGAAGAGACAACCACUCUUACUGCACCCCAAAAGGAGACUCCAUUACCAGCCUCAUCCAAAAUGGGGGAGACACGAGUUACAGCUUUAAAGCAGGACACUCCAACACCAGAUUCACCACAAAAUAAAAAAUAUCCUACACCACCAGGUGUGUCUGUAACAGAUGAGGUCCCAACCACAGCUUUGCCUGUCAAGAAGGAUGUUUCUGCCUCAGCCCUUAUCAAGGAGGAACCAACUUCUGCCUCCCCUCUCAUCAAGGAGGUCACUGGUUCACCUCUCACUAAGGGGGCACCAGCCUCACCUCAAAAUAAUAAGGAACAUAUACUACCAGGGUCACAAAACAGAAAGGUGUCCCCAACACCAGGUUCAACCCAAGAUAACUAUGCUGUACAAUCAGGUUUACCUCUGAAGAAGGAAGCACCAUUUUCAACAGCAGUAGAGACUAAAGAGGUCCAACUUCCAGCUGCAGUUAUAAGCAAUGAGGCACCUGUUCCAGAUUCACUCAAAACAAAUGAGACAACACUUGGCUCCGCAAUGAAAAACGAGCGUUCAUCUACUGAGAUCUCAAUUGACAACCAGAAACCUGCAAUUGUUCAAAGGUCGAUGGAGCCACCAGCCACACCUACAAACAAGCAGAACGAGGUUGUUCAACCCUUACAGCAGCCAGAAAAGAAAAUGCCUGCUGCACAGCCUCUGGCACAAGUACAGGCCGAGGAAGCUCCAAAGCUAGACCCCAAAAUCACUCCCCCAAAGCAGGAGCUUGCGAAACCAGCCAGUUCAGCACCUGCUCAGAAGGCACUAGAGAACCGGAGAACAUCAGAACCUCAGACACCACCACAGCAGCCCAGCCAGAGUAGUGCCAUCCCAUCCACACAGCAACCCCCCAAGCAGGAGUCAGGAGGCUUAUUUGGCUUUGGUGGUCCCAAAUCUCAGUCUACCCCCUCAAAGCCUGAAGAGUCCGUGUCGGGUAAGAUGUUUGGCUUUGGCUCCUCCAUCUUCAGCUCUGCAUCCACUUUGAUCACCUCAGCUGUUCAGGAUGAGCCCCACACCACUCUGCCAGCUUCCCCCAUGGUGUCUGCACUGGCCUCUCCCAAGAUGCCCCCUGCAAAGGAGACCAAACCACCUGCUGUUCAGAAUGCAGAGGAGAAGAAAGCAGAACAACCCCAGCAGGCCAAGGUCCCCACAUUAUUACAGGCCAACGUGGACACACCCCCAUCAGAGCCUCCAAUGGGAGAAGCAUCCUCCCAACCAUCUCCCAAAGCAGGCCAGUCCACCUGUCCACUCUGCAAGGUGGACCUCAACAUGGGCUCCAAGGACCCUCCCAACUACAACACCUGUACUGAAUGCAAGAACACUGUCUGCAACCUCUGUGGAUUCAACCCCAUGCCACAUGAAACAGAGGUAAAGGAAUGGCUGUGUCUGAACUGCCAGAUGCAGAGAGCUCUUGGAGGAAUGGAACCCCCAGGACCGCCGAUGAUUAAAUCCCAACCGUUGCCAAGCAAAGUCUCCACACCUGCUGCAUCUCUAAAGCUGACCCCAGCACCAGCUAAACCCCAAAAGGAGGAGAUUCCACCACCUGCGGCUGCCCAAAAAGAGAUUCCUCCACCCACUGUACCUCAGGAGACACUAAUACCGGCUGGAACCCCAUCAACGGCUGCAGUCAAAAAGGAGGAGACCCCAGCACCAGGAUCCCCACAAACCAAACAUGCUCCACCUGCUGUGGUUGCAAAGGACAAACAGGAACCUAGAAUUGUUCAGAAACCAGUGGACCAAACAAUUCCAGUGAUACCCAUACCCAGUGGUGCUGCUACACCUGCACAACAGCCAGAAAAGCUAACUCCUCCACUGCAACAGCCUGAUGCUAAGCCCCCACCACAACUACAGCCCCAGCAAGUUCCAAAGAUAGACCCCAAAACUGAUCCCCUAAAGCAGGAGCCUGGAAAGCCUCAACAACAGCUUCCAAAAGGUGGGACCUCUCUUCUCAAAGCUGUAUCACAACCACAGGCCAAGCCCCCAAAGCAGUCAGUGGGCUUCUUUGGCUUUGGCGGUGCUAAAUCUCAGCCUGCUCAGUCAAAUCCUGAAGAGUCCGUGUCGGGUAAGAUGUUUGGCUUUGGCUCUUCCAUCUUCAGCUCUGCAUCCACUUUGAUCACCUCAGCUGUUCAGGAUGAGCCCCACACCACUCUGCCAGCUUCCCCCAUGGUGUCUGCACCGGCCUCUCCCAAGAUGGCCCCUGCAAAGGAGACCAAACCACCUGCUGUUCAGAAUGCAGAGGAGAAGAAAGCAGAGCAACCCCAGCAGGCCAAGGUCCCCACAUUAUUACAGGCCAAAGUGGACCAACCCCCAUUAGAACCUCCAAAGGGAGCAGCAUCCUCCCAACCAGCACUCAAAGCAGGCCAGUCCACCUGUCCACUCUGCAAGGUGGAACUCAACAAGGGCUCCAAGGACCCUCCCAACUACAACACCUGCACCGAAUGCAAGAACACUGUCUGCAACCUCUGUGGAUUUAACCCCAUGCCACAUGAAACAGAGGAAUGGCUGUGUCUGAACUGCCAGACACAGAGAGCUCUGUCGGGUCAGCUGGGAGACAUGGGGAUGAUGGCCCAGCCACAACUCACAAUGACUGGUGCCCAGCCCACACCACAGCCUGUAGCCACAUCCACCAGGACAGAGCCCCUGUUUCCAACAGCAACCACAACCGAGGCCCAGGCUGUUCCUCUCAUAUCAGAGCCCAUUCCACCUACACUAACACCUGCUCUUGCACAAAAGGAGCUGGAGCCAACGGUGAGAGUCUCUGAGGCUGAAGCUCCCAAUGCGGUCGCAGAGGCUGAGGCUCCAAAGACAGAAGUUCUCAAGGUGAAGAUCGCCAAGACAGAGGCACCAAAAAUGGAGUCUUCUGUGGCAGAAGUUCCUACAAAUGAGCUGCCCAAACCAGUGCCACCUAAAUCUGAACCACCCAAGACUCCAGUGGUAGCUGCUCCUGUUGUCUCUGUCCCAAUGACUGAGGCCAUGAUUGCUCCUGCUCCUCUACCCACCACAGUCGCUACUGCCAUUGCUGUCACUCCAGCCACUGCGAAGGCUAAGGCUCAACCAGCAGAGUUACCUAAACCAGCAGAGGAAAAGGUUGAGAAGCCAGCAGAGAAGGUUGAGAAGCCACUGAAGCAACAGAAACCAGUACCUGUCACAGUGCCUGAGAGGGUAACUCCACAACCAGUCCCAACAGCUGAUACUAUCAAGAAAGAGGCCGCUCCAUUGGUUAAAAAGGUGGAUGAUGUCCUUCCUGAACCUCAGCAGAUUCUCACUGAGGAGACUGUGGAGGAGGAGAAAGAGUCAACUGCAGACUCCCUCCUAGCAGACCAGGUAGUAGUUGAGGUACCGUCCAGCCCAGCCAGUCCAUUUGAGGCUGACACCAAGACUGAGGACCAUAGUAUCAAGUCCCAGGAUGGACCAGAUAUACUUCCUAUCUCACAGGGCUCCUACAGCUCAGAGGAAGAGCUGAAGGAGUUGCAGACAGACAGAAAUGUCCCUAUGAUUGACACGACCGCUGACACAGCCAUGCCUUCCAAGGAAGAGGUGAAUGUGGAGAAGAGGCGUCUGAAUUAUGUACAGAUGGAGGAGAGCAGUGGGAGCGAACCCUCUCCCUCGCCCCAGGUCCAGAGACGGAGGUUAAGUGCGAUAGCAGUCAGCACGGCAGCCUCAUCCAGUAGCGAGGACUACAAAGCAGACAGCCCAGACUCAUCUGUGGAUGAGGAGGAGUUCAUCCGCAGGCAGAUCAUGGGGAUGACAGGAGAGGAGGAGAUGUUUCUCUCAGAGGAGGAAAAAGAUGAGAAAGAGAGUAGAGAGGAGGAGACCAAGGAGGCUGAGGUGGAUAACGAAUCAGGCAAAUCCAAACUUCUGCUACAGAAAGGCAUUAUGGAUAAUGAAGACAGCCCAGCCAGGAGACCAUCUCUUCCAGGAUCUGAGGCUAAAACCACUGCAGAUAGGUCUGAGCUCACCACCACUGUGUUUAAGAAAGACAUGACGUUACAGAGAACAAAGAGCAUGGAUGAUGGAGAUACUGAGGUGGAGAGCAUCACAGAGUCUCUGGAGGACAAAUCCAAAGGUGAGGGGUCAUCCAGUGUCCAGGUGUCCAGCUUCACCCCUGGAACCUCCCCCACCUCAGCCUCUUCUCUGGAGGAGGACAGCGACAGCAGCCCCAGCCACAAGAGGAGUGGGGAGGGGAAACACCACCGCAAGGCCAAGCACAGGCAGGCAGGCCAGUCCCUUCCCACCAUCGAGGACUCGUCAGAAGAGGAGGAACUCAGGGAGGAAGAAGAUCACCUCAGGGAGCAGGGGAAACAGGAGUCGGACCAGCAGCAGGGGAAGAGGAGCUCCAAGAAGUCCAAGAGGGAUAAAGACGAACUACAGACUCAGAGGAAAUGGGAUAAGCCUGUAACCUCGCCCAGUAACCUGUCUCCUAUUGAAAAUGCCUCGCCCACUGUGGAGAUGAGGCAGGCUAGAGAGAUGGAAGUGUUUCACAAGUCCUCAGGCUCUGACUAUUCUCCUAGCAUGGAGUCUGAUUCAGAGGCGUUUCACACAGAGGCCAAGAUAGCUGUCCCAAAAGGACAGAAGUUCAGUACUGCAGAGCCACUAAAGAAUGCAGAGGAUGUAUAUGAGGAGAUGCUUCAGAAAGCUAGAUCUCCUAAAGGAGAGACAGAGCCAGUCCCUGAGAUAGAGCCACUCUACGGAGGCAUGGCCAUAGAGGACUACCUCUAUGAGUCCCUAGUGGAGCCUGAAGCUAAACCUAGUUCAGCCCUACCGGAGCAGCCCAGUAAAGACCAUGCUAAAGAGCCAGGGAAGAAAAGUUUAAGAUCUCCUGAAGAGGUGUAUGAGGAGAUGAUGCUGAAGAAGAAGGAACUGAUGUUGAUAGAGCAGGAGUUUCAGAGGGCUCAGUCAGCGAUGGACACUCCAACUCCAGAAAUACAUGUGACUGCACCAUCCAGUGCUGCAGCUGAGAGCUGCAAAGUUGGUGAGGCACAGGGAGAAAAGCCUAUGUUAGAUGCGGAUUCUACCUACGUUAAGAGGAAGAAACGCCCUGCUCCACCACGACCCUCUGAACCUCCUAAACGGCCCGAGGUCUACGUUGCCAAGCCAACAGUUCCUCAGGAUAUGACUAUGAGGAGGGCUCUUUUCCCCAUACCGGAUUUGAAGAUCACCCAGUGUUCCUCUGGAGAGGAUGAGACAGAUGAUAGUAUAAUAGAGGAGUAUGGAGUGGGAGUGUCCUCUGAUAUUACCCCUAGCGAUGAGUCUGAGACUAAAGAACAGGUAGAGUCCCCUCCAGUUUCAGAACAUACACCAAUAACAGAGGCAGCUGAGAUUGAACCCAUCAUUUUAGUGUGUGAGGUUCCCCAUUCGAAAGCUACUCCAGCUCCUGCCCCUGAGACAGUUCUAGCCACCAGUACAACCACCACAACAUCACCAAUCUCUCCAGUAUCACCUCCCACCUCACCAGCAACUCCAGACUCAAGUCUAGCCUCCAAUGCUACUUCCUCCUCCUCUUUCCAAGCUCCAAGUCCUCUCUCCUCUGACUCUACUCCAGUGUCUACUCCAACACCAGACCUGGCCAAAGCUGCAGCUCCCUUCGCAGCUCAGCUGCCUGCUGAUAUCUCCCCUCCUUCUAUUGCUCCCAUUAUGGCUGUUUCUCCAACCACAGUUUUGGUCACAAUUCCAGAUGUGGUGACAGAUCCAACCCAAGCACCAACACCAGCUACAACUACAGUCCAUGCUUCUGCUCCACUAGCCCAACCCCAAGCCUCAGUCCCUGCCUCAGUGGUGGUGCACAUACCUGAUCCGGUUGUAAUCCAAAUGCCAGACCUGGUUACAUCUCCAUCCCAGAUGUCUGUUCAGGGUCCACCUUCUGUACAGGUCACAGCACCAACUCCAGUACCAAGCCCAGUACCUUCUGAAGCCACAUCUCCGGUCCCAGCUGCUCCCAGUGCAAUGUCAACUUCGGCUACAGUCUCUGCUCCAACUCCAGCCCCAGCUCCAGUUGUAGUCCAAAUGCCAGACCUGGUUACCAUCACCUCUUCAGUUUCACCCCAAGCCCCACUACCUGUGACAUCCUCGGCUCCUGCCCAGGCUACAGUGGUGCAUUCAGUCCCUGUCCAGACUGCUGCCCCACCUCCAACCCCAGUAGUAGUCCCAGCCAUAGGGACACGCCGAAUUCAGAGACAAGCCUCCACCAAAAAAGCCCCACCUCCCCCUCCACCUAGGUCUACAUCUGUCUCCCUGCCCCAAACCUCAGCAGAGCCUACCUCUAUCAGGGCCAUCCAUAAUGUCUCCCCGACCGUGACUACCACAAUAGCCAUGGGAGCAGCUCUGCCUGUGGUGGUGAAUGUACAGUCGCUAGUGGAGGAUGUCCGGCCAGAAGGUGUUGCUGGCUCUCAGGUUAUGAUGCCCCCAACCAGACAGGGGCAUAUAGUCAUCAUAGUUCCCAAUGUGGAGAACAUGUCAGUGCUCAGCCAGACAACCCAAGACCUUGUGGCAAACUCAGUUGCAAUAACUACCACCUCUGCUGUGGUUGAUGGCAGUAGUCAGAUAGCAGCAAGGCCUGUGGUUGUCAGUGUUGCUCCUUUCUAUACUGCUCCCUCUGUUCCUGCUGUACACAGCUCAGACACAUAUAUACCUUUGGCAGAUACCCCAACACCUCCUUUGCCUCCUCCACCACCCCCUGCCACAUUACUAAAGCUAGCUGUUUAUCCCAAAAAGCCUUCCAUUUCCAUCUCACCUUCAGUCCCAACAUCAGUGCCAGUCUCAGCUGCUUUGACAAUGGCACAGGCAACUGUAACAACCUCAGACCCCAGUCCAGUACACAAGGCCCCUGCACCCCCUCCAGUCCCCCCCAAGCCUGUGUCCAUCCCUGCAGGGCUGGUGUUCAGCCACCGACCAGGGGAGAGUGUCAAACCUCCAGUGUAUCCCACUGCCAGCCACACACUUCCCACGACCAGAGAAGUGGUUCCGAAAGCCAGCUCAGCAGAUCCAUUCACAGCCACAACACUGCCCAGGACCAGAGAACCUCCCAAUGCCCUGUCUCUGAGUCUGACCACCCCAGUGGAAUCCAAGAUGAGUGCUACCUCACCCAGGUCCCCUCUUUCUCCAAGGAACGCCAAGUGUCUGGAGACGUAUGUUGUGAUAACUCUGCCCUCAGAGCCUGGUACACCCACAGAGGGAAUCACUGUCCAAGCCCCCAUCAGAAGAGGUUCCAUCCUCCCCUCUAAGCAGACAGGCCCGGGGGUUAGAACCACACCGUCAGAACAGCAGUCACCCAUUGAGGCCUUCUCAGCCCAGGACAAUGUCAGGAGAGCAUCAGUUCCCUCAUUGAGGCAGCCACCACCACCACCAGCAGCAAUAGGACCAGUCGAAGUAGCAGCACCCCUAGAGGGAGUCACUGUUCUAGCAACAGCAAGACGGCCUUCCAUACCAUCAGCUAUGCAGCCUCCGUGUGGUAUGGCUGAGGUGGUGACAGUUUCAGCUGGGUCUGAGAUGCCUAUUCAGGUACACAAUGUCCCAGCUCCAAUCAAGAAACCGUAUAAACCUCCAACAGCCAAGCCACCGCAGACAGUGUCUGUGGUUAUGACGAUGCCAUCAGAGCCACGGGUUCCUGUAGAAGUGUCUGCAACUCAAGCCUCUGGUAGAAGGGCAUCAAUACCUGCUGUACCUCAGCAGCCACAAUAUGUGGCUGAAGUAAUGGCUUUACCAGCAGAGCUGGACAUACCUACAGAGGUCAUUUCAAUUGAGGCCAUGUCUGGAAGAGCAACAAUACCAUCAGAAAUGCAGCAACCACAAACCAUGGCAGAGGUAAUGCCAUUACAGCAGGAAAUACCAACGGGAGCUAUGGCCACCCAAAUCCAUGUAGAAGCUACACCCUCAACCAUGCAUCAGUCACCAUCUCUGAUAGAGGUGGUUUCAACUGAGGCUAUCUUUAGAAGAGCAUCAAUACCAUUGGAAAUGCAGCAACCACAAACCAUGGCAGAGGUAAUGCCAUUACAGCAGGACACACCAUCAAUACGAUCAUCUGCACCACAACCACAAGGAAUGGCUGAAAGAAUGACUUUUCCUCCAGAGUAUGAAAUGCCUACGGAGGUUAUAACAACUGAGGCCACUACCACUAGAAGGACAUCCACAUCCUCUGUAGCACAACAACCAUACACAUUUGCUGAAGUAAUGACUUACCCAUCAGAGUAUGAAACUCCCACCCAAGUGGUUACAACUGAGGCUAUUUCCACUACAAAAAGAGCGUCUAUAACCAUGCAGCAGCUUCUAACUAUGGCCCAGGUUAUCACAAUUCCUGCAGAGGCAGAGGUACCUCUAGAGGCAUAUGCUGCCCAAGUUCAAUACAGGAGAGAAUCCAUCCCCUCAGCAGUGCAACCACCACAGGCAGUAUCAGAGGUCCUGAGUUACUCAUCAGAGUAUGAGACCCCCCUGGAGGUCAUUACAACUGAAGCCUACACCAGGAGAAUGUCAAUUCCCUCUGGCCAGGAGGUUCCCCAGACUGUCCCCAUGGCUCCAGUCACCAUCACCAGGAAGUUCCACCAGGAGUCGAUAGAGAGCCAGGAAAUCCGUGGGCCUGAGAAGGUGGUGUCCAGCCUGAGCCACGUGUACUCCUCCUCUAUCUCCACCUCAGCCCAGCCCCCAGAGAGGCUGCCCAGCUUGGUCACUCAGGUGGUCACCACCGAGGUUCAGAGAACCACUGUGUCUGUAGUUCAUGAGAGGCUGCCCCAGGCUCCUGCGUCAGACGCAUUGGCCAUCCUUAUCCAGCCAGACCUGGCUAAAGUCCAGCCCUCUCCCAAACAGAACGGGAAGAUCUACUCCGGUGAUGCCAUUGACCUCUGCACCAUUAAGGUCGGUGUAAAGAUGACCGAUUCAGGGAUGGACUUGACGCCUCAGGAAUCGAGUCGCCAGUCUGUCUGUAGCAACUCUAGUGGCCGACAUACGGCAGUGCAGCCAGAGAUAGUGAACCUGAGUGCUGAGAUCACCCCUUCCACCACGUUGGCUGUUGUCACUGAUAGCAUCACUAUUGUCACCUGUUCAGCCACCAUUGCCUCCUACACCAGCGAGCCAGAAGAAAAGCCUUUAGAUCUGCAGGGUUAUGUUGCCUCCAUGCCUCUCCCUCUUACCACAUACAAACCAUUCGAGCCUCUGGCACAGAUAGUGUAUAGGCGUGUAGACUGUCCACCUAUCGUCAGCACGGUGAUAGCCAGAGACACAGAGACACCAAUUAACCUGUCCUAUGGAGCCUCCACAGUAGAUAGCAGGCUUCCAGUGACCAUGGCCCCAGCUGUCAGCAAUGGGGGAUCCAUGCUCUCAGAGCUGGCUGGGGCCGUGGACCUGUCCACCUCCAGACCCCUUAGGGCCAUGGUGGCUCUGUCCGGCACCAGCCCAGGUGUGGUGACCACGAUUGUAGAGGAUGAUGGGACGCCCAUAGAUCUGACAGCUGGGAAAAAUGUGUGCUGUGACGUCAUCUACAAGCUACCCUUCACAGGGAGCUGUAGGACCCAUCCACCAGUUAUUACCCAGCCUGACAACCUCUUCGGCUACAGAGACGACCACUACCAGUAUGAUCAUGCUGGGGUCUAUGGAAUCAAGGUCUUGAAUGGCAAGGCCUUGUCUGAGACCAAUCUGGCUGAUGCAGGACUCUUCCUCUAUAAUGGAAAGAACGAAUAUGACUAUAAAGUCUUGGACAGUGCGGUAGACCUGACAGCUGGUAAUAUAUCUGCAGGUGAAGCUCUAGACUACACUAGUAAAGCUGUUGGGGCCUACACUGGGAUAUCCACUGCUCCAUAUUCCCAGGUCUCUGCUUAUAGUGUCCUUAGAUCCUCAGACGGAAUGGUAUACUCCUCCAUAGCAGCCCCUGUUCCUUCUACAUAUGCCAUUACCACCCAGCCAGGGUCCAUCUUCAGCACCACCCUACCCCCUACCACCACCCUCCAGGAGCAGCCAGCCCAAGCUCCAUACCCCUAUGGCUUCAUCCCCACCACCGACCCAGGCAACCAGAUCAUCAGCCUGGGAACUGGCCUGCCCAAGGACCUGCUGCCCAGCGCUCUGGCUGACAUCAUGACUGGCUUCCCUGCCCUGUACUCUGACCAGACCCUGGAGGCCAUCGCAGCCUCUCUGGAGGCCCUGGCCUCGUUGCCCAUGUUCCCCGGCCUGGAUGACAGCAAGAUCACCCAGUACCAGAUGGAGAGGGAGUUCCUGCAGCUGGAGAAGCUGAAGCAGCUGUGUCUGGCAGAGGAGCUGGAGUGGGAGAGGCAGGAGAUCCAACGUUACCGCGAGCAGGAGCAGAUCAUGGUGCAGAGGGAGCUGGAGGAGCUGCAGGCUCUGAAACAGAAGUUGUUAGUUCAACAGGAAGAGGAGCACCAGGCACACCUUGUAGCACAGCAGGAGACCUACAACCAGCAGAGGGAACAGCUAGAGCAGAUCCAACAGCUCCAGGUGCAGCUACAGCACCAGCUAGAGGAGCACUACGGUACCACAGGAACCUCAGAUAACCUGCUAGAGGCACAGUAUGCAGGGGUGGGGGAUAACGGUCAGUACUGGCCUGUUAGGGAUGAGUCCACCACCUCAUCCACUGUCAUCCAGCUAGAAGGUGGGGUGCAGUAUGUGACCGGUGAGGGUCAGAGAGAGGUUGGAGGUCAGGACCAGCUGCAAUUCAGUAGGAAACAGUCGGCAGGGUCUAAGCAGCCUGGUGACCAGGGGUAUGGUACAGGGGUGGUAGGGAAGAGGAUAGUGGACAGUGGGGUCCAGACAGACGAUGAGGACUCGGUAGACAGAACGUAUGUGGGGAGGAGGAAGAGGAACAACAGGGGGAGGGGUGUAGACAGCAGUGUUCAGACUGAUGAUGAGGAGGACCAAGAGGAUGAGUGGGACAUGCCAACCAGGUCGCGGCGGCGCUCCCGCUCAAGCAAGCACAGCGGCGAGGGAAAACACAGUGGCUCUAAGGUCUCCAGCAUUGCCAUCCAGACUGUGGCAGAGAUCUCUGUCCAGACCGACCACUCUGGCAGCAUCAAAUGCCCCAGCAUCCAGAUGGACACUAAGGUGGAGAUCAUCAAACACAUCUCAGCCCCAGAGAACUCUCAGAGAGGAGGCAGCCUCAGCUGCCAGACAGACACAGACCGCAGGCGCCACUUGCCCGUAGAGGUGGGCUACAGCGCCUACCUGAAGGCAGACCUCGCCCCCAAGUCCCCCAAAGUGCUUUACUCUCCCGUGUCCCCCCUCUCCCCGAGUAAGGCCAUGGAGGAAGGGCAGAAGAGGCUGACCACUGACCCAUCCAGGUUUUCCAACGGCCCUAGGAUGCUGAAGCCUGGACCGAAGUCUCUGCCUGACCCCAAGUCUCUCAGCCCCACCACCGAGGACAGGAUAGGCUACCACUACACAGAAACCUACUCUGGCCAGGGCUCUCCGUCAGGCACUGGAAAGAAGGUGAAGAGGACCCUACCCAACCCUCCCCCGGAGGAUGACCCUCUGACUGGCCCAUCAGGCUACAGCGCCAACUCAGCGCGCCGACGUCUCGGCCGUCACACCACCAUGGCCCGGGCCAAGAUCUUGCAGGACAUCGACAAGGAGCUGGACCUGGUGGAGAGAGAGUCAUCCAAGCUCCGCAGAAAACAGGCCGAGCUAGACGAGGAGGAGAAAGAGAUUGAUGCCAAGCUGAGGUACCUGGAGAUGGGCAUCAACCGUCGUAAGGAUGCCCUGCUGCAGGAGAGGGAGAAGAGGGAGAGGGCCUACCUGCAGGGUGUGGCUGAGGAGAGAGACUACAUGUCGGAUAGUGAGGUCAGCAACAUCAGGGAGACCAGAGGGAACAGCCACGGCCUGGAGAGACCCAGGACAGCUCCACAGUCAGAGUUCGAUCAGUUCAUUCCCCCUGAAACUGAGGCUGACUCCCAGUACUCCACUCUUACCAGUCCCUACUCCCACUACACCCAGUAUGUCCCCCAGACCCAGGCCAUCAGCCACUACCCCCAGCAGACCCUGUACCAGCAGCAGGCCCUCUACCAGCAGCACCCCUACCAAAGUCAGUCAGUCUACUCCUCUGUGCCAAGCCUGUCCUACCCCCAGGCCUCCCACUCCCACCAGCAGGCCCAGUCCUCAGGCUACCUGUCCAAGAACACCACCAACUACGAGGUGAUCCGGAACCAGCCCAUGAUCAUCGUACCCUCCUCCAGCGAGGGGGGGUAUGGGGUGGGGAAGUACGGCAGCCUGGAACUGAGGAUGGGCCUGGAGGAGAGGAGCAUGGCCUCCAGCCCCAUGUCUAGUAUAUCUGCUGAGUCUUUCUACGCUGACAUCGACCACCACAACGCCAGGAACUAUGUUCUGAUAGAGGACAUAGAGCAGCUGACUAAAGGUUCUGCAGGGCUGGGGUCAGGGUUCAGUCUGCCUGAUAAGGACCUGUCUAAGGCUGACAGGCUGCUCCGGGCCGCUGAGGCCAGGCGCACUGCAGAGGUUGCGGAGUUCCUUGGUAACUCACGUCUGCACAGCUACGGUAAAGGAGAGGAGGACUCUAUGGAGGAGCCUUAUGAGCUGAAGCUCCUGAAGCAACAGAUAAAGCAGGAGUUUAGACGAGGGACGGAGGGUCUGGAGCACCUCUCAGGCCUGGGCAUGCCCCAGUACCUCCCCACUGACCCCAGCUACAGACACUUCCCUAAGGCUGACAAGUACAGCAUCAGCCGGCUGACCUUGGAGAAACAAGCUGCCAAGCAGCUCCCUGCCGCCGUGCUCUACCAGAAACAGAUCAAGAACCAGAAGAAGGCAACCCUGAUGGACCCCAAGAUAACCAAGUUCUCCUCCAUCCAGGAGAGCAGAGACCUGGAGCCAGACUACAGCAGCUUCCUGGGCUCUGGAGCCUCGUCUGUCACCAACCUGUCCACGCGAGCCAGACUGCUCCAGGAUGAGAUCACCUUUGGCCUGAGGAAGAGCCUGUCUGAGCAGCAGAAGUACCUGGACUCCUCCCUGGGAUCUAACCUGGCUGGCUCUCUGGGCCAGAACCUGGGCCAGUCCCUUGGCCUGGGGGGGCCCACCAUGAGGACUACCCUACAGGACGACACCACCUACCCCAGCGGCACGCGCUCUCGCCCCUCCUCCCGACCCAACUCCCGCCCCAACUCCCGUCCCACUUCCGUCUAUGGCCUGGAUCUGUCCAUCAAACGGGACCUUUCCAGCUCCUCUCUCAGGCUGAAGAUUGAGGGAGAAGCAUUGGACUCAGCGUUCGGCACGGGGGUGGCCAGGACCAAGCCCACCAGCCUGCCUAUAAGCCAGAGCCGCGGGCGCAUCCCCAUCGUGGCUCAGAACUCAGAGGAGGAGAGCCCUCUGAGUCCUGUGGGAGAGCCCAUGGGCAUGGCCAGAGCCUCAGCUGGCCCUCUACCACCCAUCUCAGCUGACUCCAGAGACCAGUUUGGCUCUAGCCACUCCCUGCCGGAGGUCCAACAGCACAUGAGGGAGGAGUCCAGGGCUACACUGGGACAUAGUGGGGUCUACGACAGAGACAUAGCCUUCAUCAUGGACGACCUGGGAGGAGCCAUGUCUGACAGCGAAGCGUACCACCUGAGGAGGGAGGACACUGACUGGUUUGAUAAGCCUGCAGAGAGACAACAUCAGGAAAAUGGACAGCCUCUGGACAGGAGACAGAUUAAGCUGAUUCCCUAUGUGUUCCCUCACACCCGGCUCAAACUACAGAGGGACCCCAAGGACACCAGUGUCUCAGGGAAUGGCCUGGGGAUCCGUGUGGUGGGAGGAAAGGAGAUUCCUGGUUGUCAUGGUGAGAUAGGAGCCUACAUCGCUAAGGUUACACCCGGAGGAGUGGCCGAACAGACAGGGAAAGUGGUGGAAGGAAUGCAGGUGUUGGAGUUGAACGGGGUUCCUCUGAUGGGGAAGACUUACGAGGAGGUGCAGUGCAUUAUGGGUCAGCCGUCUGCAGAGACUGAGCUCUGUGUGAGACUUGACCUGAACAUGCUGUCUGACCCUGAGCAUCCCCAGGCCCUGGAGAACCAUGACCAGCUGAAGCCUGGUGACAGGCAGUGUUCUCCAGGAGUGGACCCUAAGCAGCUGGCUGCAGAGCUGCAGAAGUUUUCCCAACAGCAGGCCCCUGGGAUGGGGGUAGGAAUGGGGGCGGGGGGGCCAGGAGGAGUAGGGGUCCUCUCUGCCCUUGACCGCUCAGCUCUGUUACACUCAGGCAAUGCAUCGGCUAGCUCUAGUGCCGUACCCAGCCCCGGUCAGCCUGCCUCCCCAGCCAUCAACAAGAAACAACGCCACAGCGCCAAGUCGGCAGCGGAUGUGCAGGUGCUAAAGUUUCAGCCUCACCCUAUAACAGGAGAAAUACAGCUCCAGAUCAACUAUGACAGGAACCUGGGGAACCUGAUAGUGCAUGUGCUCCAGGCCAGGAACCUGGCUCAGAGAGACCCCAACAGAUACUCUGACCCCUUUGUCAAGGUUUACCUCCUACCAGGGAGAGGACAAGUCAUGGUAGUCCAGAACGCAAGUGGUGAAAACAAGAGGAGGACCAAUUACGUUCAGAGGAGUCUGAACCCAGAGUGGAACCAGACCGUCAUCUACAAGAACAUACACCUGGAACAGCUGAAGAAGAAGACUCUGGAGGUGACAGUGUGGGAUUAUGACAAAUCUUCCUCCAAUGACUUCCUGGGAGAAGUGUUGAUAGAUCUGUCUAACACAACUCAGCUGGACAACACUCCUCGCUGGCUGCCUCUGAAGGAGCAGAGUGAGAGCAUUGAGCAUAGCAGAUCACAUCACACCGCCCAGGGGCCUGGGGGGCCAGGAGCAGGGGCAGGGCCGGGACAGGGGCCCAUAGCGGGGCAAGGACCAGGCAAGGACAUGGGGCCAGGAUUAGGACAAGGACAAGGCCUAAUGCAUGGACAGGGACAGGGGCAGGGGCAGGGGCAGAUGGAGGAGUGCCUUGAGUCCCCCAAGAAUUCUGUGAUAAAGAGCAGAAGCCACGGGAUCUUCCCUGACCCAGCAAAAGACAUGCAGAUGGUGACUCUAGAGAAGUCCCACAGUAGUCCCGGCAGCUCUAAGUCAUCGUCAGACGGCCAGCUUCGUUCCCACGGUCCGUCCCGCAGCCAGAGCAAGAGCAGUGUCACGCAGGCCCACCUGGAGGAUGCUGGGAUAGCUAUAGCUGCUGCAGAGGCUGCUGUGCAACAAGCCCGCCUCCAACCGAGACCAGGCCACAGGUUGGGGGAUGUGUCUGGGCCAGUGGUGUCCUCAGCCCCCAAUCUGCUGGAGGGGUAUGGGGGUCUGGAUGGAGAAGAGGGGGCUGGCACAGGGGUCGACAGCGCCAUUUUCCAGGUCCCACACAUAGGGAAGACCAUCCCCAACGGCAUUGACAAGUCUAGAGGACUGCCACUCUCGCUAUCAGACAAUGAGGGGGGUGGGGGUAAGACCCAGAUGAUGGGGGAGAUCAAGGUGGCCUUGAAGAAGGAGGUGAAACAAGAGGGAGACCAGCUGGUCCUGGAGGUUCUACAGUGUAGAAACAUCACUUACAAGUUCAAGAGCCCAGACCACCUACCAGAUCUCUAUGUGAAGCUGUACGUUGUUAAUGUGGCGACUCAGAAGAGGAUCAUCAAGAAGAAGACAAGAGUGUGUCGACAUGACAGAGAACCCUCCUUCAACGAGACCUUUAGGUUCAGCCUCAACCCCACCGGACACUCCCUGCAGUUGUUCCUGGUGUCUAACGGGGGUAAAUUUAUGAAGAAGACCCUGAUAGGAGAGGCCUACAUCUGGCUGGACAAGGUGGACAUGAGGAAGAGGGUGGUCAGCUGGCACAAGCUGCUGGUCAAUUCCACACACAACCAGUCCUGAGAGUUCAACUUGAGGUCACAGAGAGGUCAACCAGAUGUCAGUGAAGGUCAAUGAAUUGUAUUGGUCAGUGGUUGCUCGUAGAGGAGGACGAAAAAGAGGAAAAGGGAUAUGAGUUGCGUUACAGAGUGCCCUUCAUCUCCUUUGUGUUAUUGUAUGAAUGAAUGAAUGAAGGAAUGAAUGAAGGAAUGAAGGAAGGAAGGAAGGAAGGAAGGAAGGAAGGAAGGAAGGAAGGAAGGAAGGAAGGAAGGAAGGAAGGAAGGAAGGAAGGAAGGAAGGAAGGAAGGAAGGAAGGAAGGAAGGAAGGAAGAGGGCCUAUCCCCUCACCCUGCCAUACAUGGACUGUACCCUGAUUCUUUAUUGGAUAGUAACAGCCAGAGACUCAAUCCUGAUUUCUGAUUGGACCAAAUAUUCUGUACCCCGGAUUGGAUAGAGGCUGCCAACACACACACACACACACACACACACACACACACACACACACACACACACACACACACACAGAGAGAGAGAAAUGAAGAAGUCCCCUUAUCUGCUGUAAGAGGACACACACAUCUCACUAUCUCCCAGCUCUCUGCUGGACAUGUCGGAUGCAAAACCUGACGUCAACCAGGACUGUGCAGCAAUACCACAGAGUAAUUACCAUGCCAGAACUACUCCUUUCUGUUUUGUCUGGAUCUGAUGCUGUUGUCUAUGGUUUAUCAUAGCCUCCACUUUAAGAUCUUUGUGAUCUGUGAAUCUUUCUGUCAUUCAGUCAGUCGGUGGGGUGCAAAUCAAUGUAUUUGUUUUUUGUCCUGAGCUGCUUGACAAAGUAUGGAAUGUUUGUUGUAUGAUACUAUUCAUGUAAUGUAAAAAAAAACACACAAAAAAAACAAGGUGUAUGUACAUUGAAAAUCUAUGGUUGAUAUUGCAGUAACUGAAGCUGACAUUAUCUGAACACUUCCGUCCAGUAGGUGGCGGUAAUUCCCUAUUACAGUUAGUUGUCAACCGCCAUAAAACUCCAACUCGACCUUACCUGGACAAGUGUUAAUGUACAUUCAGAUGUAGAUAGAUAUAUGUCUGAAUAUUAAAUAUAUCAAAGACACACUGUACAGAGAAAUGUUAUUUAUGAACAUAGAGUUUAUAACAAUAAAACAUACAGAUAUUGCAGAUGAUGCGAGGGGUCUCCUCAUGUGCAGUUUAUUCUAAAGACUAAAUGUAUUCUGUACAGAAGGUAUGUAUGGAAGGAGCACAGACAAUCCAAUCACUUUAUCUCUGACGUUAUGCAGUUAUACUGGGUGUUAUUCAUUGGAAAAAAUUGGAAAAUGAGGUUCAAAUGGUGAAUGUAGAACUCAUUUUACAACUGAGACAUUAGAGGAGAACUUCCACAUGGAUAUCCCUCCUCUUACAGGUGGGGAGAAGAUAACAGAUAGAAAGGGGAUGUCAGGUCCCUUCCCCUUUAAGCUAUCCCCUAUUAUGUCCUGAAUGUUACUGACUGGGGAAGAUCAUGUGAUUUUACUGGACUCAUCUGACUUGAUGUUUUUGUGUUGUCUUUCACACACGUGACUGGAGGCUUAAACAAUAGCUCUUGUUUGAGAGAGAAACCUGGAUUGCUGGCCACUUUGCCCGACCUGCAAUCGGACAGAGGGAUGUGUGGCAUCUCUCUGGUGAAGUGCUCUGCUCCCCAGACUGGGCCGCUCACCUGUUCUAUGUCAAAGCAACAGGUAAACACACCUGUCCUCUCGGUGUGUGCCAUCACAGUCUGGUUCUGUAUGCUGUGUGUGUGUGUGUGUCUUAAUGUCGUCACACAUGGCCUAUUUUCCUCUCAAAGAUUAGCGUAAAAAGAAAGUGUGAACUGUUCUUUUAAAAAUCAAUGUGUGGUUUGUUUAUUAACAUCCAACAUCAUGCUGUACACAGUACACUGCAAAUUGUACACUGUGCAGUCGGUGUCAGUGUAAGUGGGGGUAAUGCAACAACACAGUGAACCAGCCUGUGGCACUGUCUCUGCUCAAUGCUCUAAGUCAUUACCUAUGGCCCAGUCAUCACAUAUGGCCGGGACAUGCUGAUACACACUUAUGUACAGUAUAGGUCUAUGUUACUGUCAGUCAUCACGAUAGUAGCCUGGUUUACUUCUCGGUUCAGCUAUUACAUUACAUUCCUUGUACUCUGUGUCUUUGGUAAAUGACAGGAGUGGCAGGGAGGGGAAUAUUAGCUAGAAUAUUAGCUAGCUAAAUAUUUGUACCCAGACUAUGAAUAUAUCAUAGUAAACAACAUCACCAGGUGACCCAACAGACCUACUACCCUCAACCCGACUGCUAGUGUCUAGGCAUAUCACUGAGGAACUAGGGGUGACAGAUGCAAUUUCCUAAUACAUAAAGUCCAUAUCAGAGGCUCGAAAUGCAGACACUGAGUCAAGAUGUCAGAAUGUUCAUGAGUCAAGAUGUCAGAAUGUUCAUGAGUCAAGAUGUCAGAAUGUUCAUGAGUCAAGAUGUCAGAAUGUUCAUAAAACAAAAAAUAAACAUGAUUUUAAAGAAAGGUAAAAAAGUUUUACAAAAAUUAAAUUGUCGUGCCAACCUUAUUUUGUAAGCAAAAUCUAUGGUUUUGGUUCUGUUGAAGUAAUUCUAUGCAACAUAGACUUUGUGUUUGAAUGCAUUUUCUUAACAUGUAAUAUCAGUGAACAUUGCGUCUGAAAAUAUGUAUCUUAUGAAGAGAAUUUUGAUUUAUUUUGAUUUAUAUAUUAUUAAAGAAAAAUAGAAAAAAAUAUAGAUCCAUUUUUUUACUACCUGUAUACAGUCAUAUACAUAAAGCUUGUGCACUUUAGUAUUACAUUGUUGACUGAUUUCCUUGUUCCGUGUAAAGUGUCAUAACAUGCAAGUGGAAGUGGCUGUUCCAGUUAAUGUCUUUAUGUAUUUAUAUUUAUGUUGAGAUGAUUUUGAGUUUGUGAUGUAUGAAGGAGUUCAUAUGACACUGUUUUGAAUUUACAUGGCAAAAGAAAAACUCAAAUUAAAUCUACAAUCACAGACAAUGUAAGGUACAUAUUGCUUCAUAUCUGAGGAGACACCAUCAAACUGUAUGGUUGAUAUAACCACCAACACAUGUAUGUAUAAAUCCAUGAUGUUCAGUCUGAGAAGAAUUAUGAGGUCAUUUUCAAAGCCCAACUCCAGGUCUGUCCCCCCCUUCAUGUUCUCCUCAGAUUACACUCAGCUAGAUUGUCAAUAUCCAUUGUCGCUCAGUCCGUUCCUAGUAACCAUGAAACCAAUCAAACGUGUGUAUCUGUGAGGGGUGUGAAUGUGGCGUACUCAUCUGAUCCAUGUAAAUAUAAAGUGUUUUUAUUUUCUACAGAGAUUGAUUGUUCGUAUUGUCUGAGGUUUGAGCAUGUGAGUGUAAAACAGAAAUACAAAACAAAACAAUACAAAACCUGUCUGUCUGUCUGUCUCUAGUGGAGUGUGUGAGAAGGUGAUUAUGUGAUCUGACCGUGCGUUGUCAACCCAUGGGUGUCUGACUGUAAAACUAUGUCAAAGAUGCCCAGCCAACCAGAGGGGACAAAUCUACUUAAUUUCAGUUGUUUGAGACUUCCUGUUACCACACUGGAUGUUGCAUGUCUGUCAAUAUUUUGCUUCCAGAUAUGUUCAAAAAGAGGGAGAUAAUAUGUAUAGAUUUAUCGGAAGUUGUAUGCCGACUGUAUAAAGAUUAUGCUUGUAAAAUGGUCUUGUUUUUCACUCAGUG